AUGGGCGAACACGUCAAUGUCAGUCGAGGUGCCGGCGACGACCCCGUGGUCGUUUGUGGCAUGGCCAUGAGACUACCCGGAGGCGUCAGUAACGCGGAUGACUUUUGGGACAUGUUGAUGCAGAAGCGCUGCGCAUCCGUGCCGGUGCCAAAAGACCGUUUCGACAUUAGCGGGUAUUAUAGCGAGAAGCCACGCCCGGGGACUAUGCAAACCAAGAAGGCAUACUUCCUGGAUCACGUUCAACUCGAUCGGUUCGAUGCCUCGCAUUUUUCCUAUGGUCGAAGUGAGCUUGAGCAGAUGGAUCCUUUGCAACGAUUGCUCCUGGAGGUUAGUUGGGAGUGCCUUGAAAAUGCUGGCGAGACAGACUGGCAAGGCGAAACGAUCGGCUGCUAUGUGGGCUCGUUUUUUGAGGACUGGAGUGUCGAGAUGCAACGGGACCCUCAAUACUACAGCAACUACCCAACUGGAAAAUGGGACAUCAUGCUUUCAAAUAGAAUCUCGCAUGCAUUUGAUUUCCGGGGCCCAAGCAUGACUGUGAAAACUGGGUGCUCAUCGUCAUUGGUAGCUCUGAACCUCGCUGUUCAAUCUUUGGAAUUAGGAGAAUGCACUUCUGCGCUUGUGGCUGGCUGCAGUCUGUUCCUGUCGGCGCCCCUUUCUGCCGCGGGCGCAUCCGGAGCUUUAGGAAAUAUCGCCUCUCCGGAUGGUGUCUGCAAGACCUUCGACGCCGCCAGCGAUGGAAUUGGACGGGGUGAGGCCAUCAAUGCCGUUUACAUCAAGCGACUGUCGCAGGCCCUUCGAGAUGGAAAUCCCGUGCGGGCCGUGAUUCGUUCGAUUGCUACUCAGCAUGACGGCAGAGAGCCCGGCCUGAUAAUCCCUAAUGGGCAUGCACAAGAGGCGCUUAUUCGGCAUACAUAUGACAAGGCCGGAAUCACCAAGUACUCUGAGACGUCCUUUUUCGAAUGCCACGGCACGGGCACGCGAAUUGGGGAUCUUACUGAAGUUGGAGCCAUAGAAAGGAUCUUCAAAGAAGAUGGCGUCAUUAUCGGUGCUGUGAAGCCCAACGUCGGACAUUCAGAGGGUGCCGCUGCCCUGACGAGUGUCAUCAAGGUGAUACUUAUGCUUGAGAAGGGCGUCAUUGCGCCCAACACCAACUUCAACACACCCAAUCCCAAUCAACAUCCCCACCUGUGGUUCGACGCUGAUUGCCAGCCACGGAUGGAAACGUCUUCAAGAGACACAGAUGAAAGUAACGUCCUGUUGCUUUCAGCGUCGAAUCCAAAGUCGCUAGAGCUGCUCCACCAGGCUUACGAGCAGUAUACCAUUGCAAGCUAUGGGCGUUGUAAAUUGUCGGAUUUGGCAUACACUCUCGGCUGUCGACGAACGAAGCUGAAAUACAGAGGUUUUUGUAUCGCUCGAAACGAUACAGUCGGGCAGCGCACGACGACCCAGCCAGAGCUGCGACUUUCCGUUGCCAGUAGCGAUGAGCCAAAGACGCUUGUUUUCGUGUUUAAUGGCCAGGGAGCCCAAUGGCCCACGAUGGGCAAGAAUUUGAUCCUGAAGAACAAUGUUUUUCGCCAGUGUAUUCGUGACUUGGACGGCGCGCUCAAAACGUUGAAAACUGGUUGGACGAUUGAAGAGGAACUUCUGAAAUCGGAAACCGAAAGUCGCAUCAUGAAAUCGGAGUAUGCUUUACCGUGCAGCACCGCUAUUCAAAUCGGACUCCUCGCUGUCCUGCGAAGUUGGGGCGUGAUUCCGAACGUAGUGACCGGCCAUUCCAGUGGGGAGAUCGCUGCUGCCUUUGCGGCUGGUGCCAUAACAGCAGAUGAAGCGAUCAUCGUCGCAUACUUCCGAGGCUACGUUUUGAACAGAACCAGGACACAGCACUCAGGAGCUAUGGCUGUGAUUGGGGUCGGCUCCAAGGACAUUUCUGAGCGGCUACUACCCGGAGUAGUUAUCGCUUGUGAGAACAGCCAUGUUAACACGACCAUCUCCGGAGACGCGUGUGCGGUUGAGGCUAUGGUGACAAAAUUCAAAGCAGGUGGCAUAUUUGCUAAGCUUCUUGAUGUGGACCUUGCGUUUCAUUCCGCGCAUAUGAAGGACUUUGGCUUAGCUUAUGAAGAAGCGAUUCGCCCGUUUCUCAGCGCUGCCACACCUCGGCUACCUAUGUUCUCCAGUGUCACGGGGGAUCUCAUAAAGACCGUCAACUCCUUGGGCGCUACACACUGGCACCAGAGUCUCGAGCAACCUGUGCUGUUUAAUAAGGCCCUCACAAACCUCCUGAAGCAAAUCGAGACACCAAACCUUGUCAUCGUUGAGGUUGGUGCUCGCCCUUCUCUCAAGAGCCCAAUCAGACAGGUGAUGGAAAGCACGUCCACCGACAAAGCCAGCUACCUUCCAACAUUAGAGGAAAAUAAGGAUUGCUACGAAAGCCUUCUCAGACUUGCCGGGCGGCUCUUUUGUGAGGGCGUCAAGUUGAAGUAUCAGGCCAUCACACCGCCAGGAAAAACGUUGUUCGAUGUUCCAGCAUAUACUUGGGUCCAUGAACAAUCCUUCCAGGGACAACACCGUUUGUACAGGGCGUACAGAGACUGCAAGUACCCCAUGCAUGAACUACUUGGAAGCCAGGUGUUUGAAACCAGUGCUCUUGAGCCGAGAUGGAGGAAGGUACUGCUUCUUGAGGACAUCCCCUGGCUUGGAGACCACGUCGUCAACGAUCAGGUCAUCAUUCCUUUUGCAGCGUACAUAUCGAUUGCCGAACAGGCGCUUCGUCAAGUCAAUGGAGGCCUUCUGGAGUCCUUCUCGGCCCAGGAUUUCUCUGUUUCCGCGGCACUGCAUUUGGAGCCUGGCCGUCCAGUUGAGAUACAUACCAGACUGCGACGUCUUGUUUCCGACGAGAAUGCGCCUGUCAGCUACGACGUGCAAAUCACUUCCUGGAAGAAUAAUAUUUGGACGGAGCACUGUCACACAGUAGUUACCGCGGAGCCUCAUCGAGCCCACAGAGGCUUUGCAAAACGCGAGUUUCCUCGCCAGCUCUCUCGAGCCACCUGGUACAAGAUUACGCAAGAUCUAGGCUUUACAUAUGGGCCGUCUUUCAGAAGGCUGGAACACAUUACGGUCAGUCCCAGUGUGCAGCAAGCAACAGCCCGUGUGAACCCACCGGAGAACACAUCAAAAGACUCAACCUGCAGCUAUCUUGUGCAUCCCACCGCACUCGACCAGUGUUUGCAGACUACAGGCAUCUCACUCUGCCAUGGUCUGCAGCGAAAAGCCACGUAUAUGGCCACACCCACCUAUAUCCAAAGGAUCUUUGUUCGUCAGUAUGCUGGGUCCUUUUGGGCAACGGGAAGGAUGAAUCAGGUUGCGCAGGACCACAUUUCCGGAACGGUCCAUGCAUACGCAGAUGAUGGGGAGGGGAUUGCCAUCAUGGAAGGCAUUGAGGCUCAUCAGAUCCGUAGUUCCUUGCAGGGCGAGACGGAGGCUCCUCCAAUUGUCAGCGCGCCUCACUGGCGUCCUCACGCAAGCUUCUUCCCUUUCCAGACCCUGAAUGAGGCUCCCUUCUUCGACGCGGAUGACAUCAAGAGAAUGCUCCACUUGUUGUUUCUCCUAGUAUUGGAGAUGCAGUCGAGUUAUGCUCAAGUCAACAAUGACAUUGGCAACAUUCCCGACCAGGGCGCAACCAAGGCGUGGGUUGAUCAACAGAUUCAAAGGGCGCAGGAGGCAGGGUACGGUGUAUUGUCUGCGACUACCUGCCGAAAUAUUGUUCAAGACAACAUAGAAAACCGCCAAGCGGCACAACAGAAGAUACGGAUCGAGUUACAGAGCAGCCGUCUACACGACAUGGAUCUGACGAUGGAGAAGUUGUUCAAGAACCCCCUGCAGCACACGAAGGAAGCGCUCCGAGACUCCAUCGUGUCCCAAGGCCUCUGGCCGCUACGAGCUAAAAAGCUUUUAGAAGUUGCGAUGCCUAUUCUGACACACACGAAUCCUCAGCCGAAGAUUUUGCAGAUCGGCUCAGCUGGCGGAGCCAACAGUACAACUUUGACAUUGCUGCAGCUUCUCCAGCCAGAGAAGGGGACGCAGCUUUUCUCAACAUACACAUAUGCGUCGAUUUCACCAGACUCUCUAGAAACCGCAGAAGACGACUUUGCAGAUGUCCGAGGCUUUGAGGUGCGAAGCUGGGAUGCGAUGGGAGGGGAUACAAGUCUCGCUCAGUCGUAUGACAUUAUUGUUUGUGCCGACAUACUCUCUAACGAACGUGACACUUCUCAAGACUUGCUGCAGAUCAAGCACUUACUUCGCCCUUCCGGAGGGCUGAUUCUGCUGGAGGCUCUUUUUGCCGAUUCAUUUCUGACGUCUAUUGAUGUUCUGUUAAAAAGCCAAACGCCGCACAUCUCAAAGGAUGUUCUGUUUCCCAUUAUACGGGACCUUGGCUUCGUUUUACCUAAAGAUGAUCAACAUAAGAACCAGGUGACCCCCAUCCUGCGGUUGCGUCACUUCAACCAGCUCGAGUCGAGCUCCACACCUGUCAGCAUCGUCACAAACAAGGAGGAUAGCGCCUUGAUAGAAAGUUUCAAGUCGGUUCUACACUCGUCUUCAAUUCCAGUCCGGACAUACAACGCAGAUACCUGUAUUAGUGAGUCUGCCUCGCUACCUACCGAGGGAACCCUCGUAUUCUUCCUCGACCUAGAUCGCCCUUGGAUCUACCACCUGAAAGAGAGUGAGUUCCCCGCGUUUAUCCAACUCCUAAGCACCGGCACCUCAAAACGCCCUAUUGUCUGGGUCACGCCGUUGUCCCAGAUCAGCUGUGACGACCCGCGCUCGGCUAUGAUUUACGGGCUGGUUCGCACGCUGCGAUCGGAGUUAAAGGCCGACAUAACAAUUGUCGAGGUCGACCCUGGAGAUGUUGCGAAUACCAGCCAUCUGGAUGUCUUGCCGUCGAGUUGUCUGCGCUUGGGUGAGGAUUUCGCGUUUGAGGCCGCGGCGGCUAUGCCACUGGCAUGCGUUGCGGCCGAGUUCACAGUAGGAGAAUUUGGGAGAAUGGCAAGCGGGGAGGAUGUUAUUGUGCUGUUUACUCUGAGCGAUCUAUGUCUUGCAACCGUCGAAUUGCUGCGGAAAAGAAGGGCAGAGAUCCGCUUCAUCAUCACUUCCGAGUCCGACAGAUUGCUUUUGGAAAAUGCUUUCGGCAUCGCUGUAGACUUCAUCGUGUCAGCCCCGGAAGAUGCUCUGUCGUGGCCGAAAGCAACCUGUAUGAUUGCAUUCGGCGGCCUUGUUCCUGACUGGGCGCUGCAAUAUCUGUCCCCUACUGGCAUCUUCCUAGACGUUCUAGAUCAUCCAGGCAAGGCAAGAGACUCCCAAACAGUCAAGAUCACUGCAAGUCAGGCACAUCGCAUCGUCGACAUGCAGGCUCUUAGCCACCAGAGUCCAGAAUCGGUGCAAAGGGUAUGGAGAAUGUGCCACGAGUAUUUUCUCGGAGACGCGCAGCCAGCAGAUUGGGCACGACUUGCCAAGAUAUUCAAGCCAAGCCAAGUCCACGAGGCGUUCCGUGCUGCUGCUGGACAGAAGAACCAACCAACCACCAAAGUGGUGCUCCAAACUCCAACAACCGACCCGCAGAGCGAUUCUCCGUUGUCGUCCGUUCAGGUCAUGCCUGCAUCACCUCAGUUUCGUUCGGAUGCUGCUUACUUGCUUGUCGGUGGCUUAGGCGGCAUUGGCCGCGCUGUGGCAACGUGGAUGGCAGAGCAUGGUGCUGGGGAGUUGAUUUUCCUCUCUCGCUCUGCAGGCACUGGACCACAAGUUGAAUCCUUUUUGGGCGAGCUGCGAGACCAAGGCUGUGUCGUCAAGGCGGUUGCGGGCAGUGUUGCGAUCUUGGAGGAUGUCACGAGGGCUGUGAACGCGGCGGAUCGACCCAUCGCUGGUGUGUUCCAAAUGUCCAUGGUCUUACGGGACAACGCAAUACUACGCAUGACAUACGACGAAUGGCGAGCAUGCAUCGAGCCCAAGAUUCAAGGCACGGAGAAUCUUCAUAAGGCCUUGGCGCAAUCUUCCUUGGACUUUUUUGUGCUGUUCUCUUCUAUCGGCGGGCUGGUCGGGAACAUUGGACAAGCCAACUACAACGCCGCGAACACCUACCUCGACGCUUUUGUCCGGUACCGCCAUAGUCUUGGGCUCCCAGCAUCGGUCAUCGAUAUUGGGAUUAUGGGUGGCAUUGGGGUUAUCGCUAGUACGGGCACCAUGCAAGACAGAGCCCAGGCGGCGGGAUACCACGUUCUUUGCGAGGAAGACCUCCUGGAGGCCAUCACCAUCAGCAUACACCAUUCUCAUUUAGGCCCUAUGCCCAGUCGAGACGAUGCAUAUUCACAUCUCAGCCAGAUGGCCCUCGGUCUGUGGUCGGAGCAGCACCUAGCAGACCCUUUGACGCACGUCCUUUGGAAAAAGAACGCCCACACGAGUGCGGCACACAGUAUCCAUCCAGAGAACUUGGCUUCGAUGACACCAGAACUUUCCUCUACGAAAUCGGAGUUGGCAACGAUAAUGAGAAUUGCGAAGAGCACACCUGACCGACUGCUGCAUGAUGAAACAAUUGGACUGAUCGUCAAGCUGCUUGGGACUGCUAUUGCACAAUUACUUGCACUUUCCAGCGCUGAAAUCGGGCCGGAGGCUGCGCUGGACGACCUUGGGCUCGACUCGUUAAACGCAAAUGAGCUAACAAGCUGGAUAUCACAACAUAUGUUGGUUGAUCUGCCGUUGCCUGAUCUCAUACAAUCGGCAACCAUACACGACCUUGCGGACAAGAUUGCUGGACUACUGGAGGAUAAAUUCGGAGAAGCCCAGAUAUAG